AUGGGGAGAAUAUCGGUGUCAAAGUGUGUAUUUCGAAAGAUCGUCGCUUUUGGUAGUAUGGAAGAGAGACGGAAAGUAUUCUUGCAAGCUGUGCAAUUCAUAAAAAAAAAAAAAAGAAAAAAACGAAUUACAAGAAAUAGGCUGAAAAAAAACUCUAAAACGUGUUUGAAAGAAGCAAGCAAAGAAAACAUUCAAAAAAGCAUACAAUUGAGCGACAUUCUCGUCAGUCGAAGUGAGAAAAGCACAAACAUAAAAAGCGCCUAG